AUGCAGAAGAGGAAUGUUUAUGCAGUCCCGGAUCUUCCGGUUAAGGAAAUAAUGCAGUACUUCAGUGAGAUGGAAAUAAACAUCAAAGCAAGCGAUAUUCUUAAGCCAACACCCCAGUCGACUCAAAGGAUAUAUGAGAUAUUGCUUGAGGUGUACUGUGGGAUCAGGACGUCUGACAUGGUGCCCCGAAUGGAGAACACGGAAAUGUUUGAGGAGUCCUUGUCAUACCUUCUUCUACAGAAGAGGAUGUCGAGCUUUCUUAGAAGAAUAGGCAUUGACAAUUUUGGGCUCAAGGACCUUGCACCUGAUUCAAAAAGGCUCAUUGGGAUUCUGAGUGUAAUAGUGAACUUUUCGAUGUUCAGAGACAACAAAAGGCAUGUGUACGAAAGAGUGUGCCAAAUGAAUGAUGAGAAACUACUUCUUCGGAACGAGAUAGAUGAGAAGGUUCACAAUGCAAAGAAAGAGCUCGAGAGGUGCGAAAGAGACGCAAAGAAAAGUGUGGAAGAGGCAAAGGAGAUCGAGAGGGAGAUAUCUGUGCUCGAGUCUGAGCUCAAGGAUUUCUACAAGCACCAGAGGGCCUUGGUCCAGGAAACUGAGAGGGUCAAGGCGGAAAGGAACGAAUGCAGCGAUAAGCUAAGCUCUCUGAGAUUGAUGCUGCUCAAUCUCAAUCAAGAGAUAACAUGUCUGAAGACUCAGGUCGUGAGUGACCCAACAAAGCUCAUGGAGUUGCUUGACGAGAUGAGAUGCCUAAUUUCCAAGGAAAAUGAAAUAAUGAGAGGGCUAGAGGCAAAGAGAAUAAGUCUAAAGGAAAGGAUCGAGUUUAUGGAAUUGAUAAAAGAGGAUACGAUGAAAGCAAUCACACUGUCUCUCUCCAACAAGGAGGCAGACAAAGCCAUCGAUAGGACAAACAGGGAGAUAUCUGAGCUAGAGGUUCAGAUAAAGAAUCUUGAUUCUGGUAUUAAUGCCCUGAAAAUUCGCCUGAAUCAUGUUAACAGGCAGAUUUCGCACAUUGAGUCUAAGAUAUUUAACCUUCAGGAUAACGACAAAAGGUGCUCAGAAGAAAUAUCUGCAAAGCUUGAGAAGCUCAAGAACAACUAUGGGAUUGUUUCUGACGAAAGAAACUCCAUAAGAAGAAAGAUUGAGGAGAAUGUGCGGUUAACAAAGAAUAUUGAGUACGAGCUUGUAAAGAAGAGAAACGAACACAUAAACGACAUAACUGCAAUCCAGUCGGCACUUUGCAGACUGAAGGAUGAUGUCUUCAACUACUUUGCAGAGGCAAAAGGAGUGAUUGAUAAGUCUAUGUCCAGCUGA